AUGCUACUACCGUUAGAUUCUCUUGAUCUGUUUAAAUUAUUUGUCUACAAACGCGUUAAACCCAAACAAGCCAUCAAACGACCUUUCGAGCUAGUAACUCAUAGUUCUGCCACAAAAGAACGAGAUCCCAAAAUGGUAAAGCAGGCUGUGGCUGCAACAGACUCGCCAAGUGGUGCCACUUCAUCAUUGCGAACGUCACCUCUCAGCAUACCAAAUCCAAAGCAGUUGGCUCAACAAGCGAGAUCUCUCAAUGUUAAAGAUGCGUCAAGACGAGUCAUAGGUUCUUCAAAAAACAAUGCGUCUGCUUCUCCAAAACCUUCUAGAGCUUCGAAACUAUUGGCCGAUUCUAAGAACCAUAAUAUCUUUCAAGACCAAGAUAUUGACUAUGAACAGAUUGAGCUCAAUGAAGCCAUUGCAUCCAACCAAUCGAUCGUGAGAUUUGAAGAUGUAAAGAAGAAUCAGUGUCAGGUGCUGUUUGCAUUUGGACUUGUUGUGCUAUGA